AAGAUGGCGGCGGGGAGGUAGGCAGAGCCGGACGCCGCUGUCGCUGCCUCCGCCGCCUCCGCCGCGCUCGGCUCGCCCGCUGUUCGCGAAGCUCUCGUCGUCCGGGAGAGGCUGUCCUGGCGUCGGCUCCCGCGGGGGAAAAUGGUGGAACCAGGGCAGGAUUUACUGCUUGCUGCUCUGAGUGAGAGUGGGAUUAGUCCCAAUGACCUCUUUGAUAUCGAUGGUGGCGAUGCGGGGCUGGGCACCCCAACCCCCACUCCUGCGGCUCAGCAGUCAGUGCCACUUAACGCAUUAGAACUCAGUGUGGAGCCUGAAGCAGCAGUUCCUGCUAAACAAGAGCCAGAGGCUGUCCCUCCUGCAGCACUGUUAAACAUGAGGCAGCCUCCAUCCACUACGACGUUCGUGCUCAACCAGAUCAGCCAGCUUCCCACCUUGGGGUCUACGAUUGUCAUGACCAAAACGCCACCUGUGACAACCAAUAGGCAAACCAUCACUUUAACGAAAUUCAUCCAGACGACCGCAAGCACUCGGCCUUCCGUCUCGGCGCCAGCAGUGCGGACUGCCACGAGCUCCGCCUCUUCCAAGGAGCAGGUGCAGCUGAAGGAUCUGCUCAAGAACAACAGUCUGAACGAGCUCAUGAAGCUCAAGCCGCCGCCCAACAUCGCGCAGCCCGUGGCCACGGCAGCCACUGAUGUAAGCAAUGGUACAGUAAAGAAGGAGUCUUCCAAUAAGGAGGUGGCGAGGAUCUGGAUAAAUGACAUGAAGAUGCGGAGCUUCUCCCCGACCAUGAAGGUACCCAUUGUAAAGGAGGAAGAUGAGCCCGAGGAAGAAGAUGAAGAAGAAAUGGGUCAUGCAGAAACCUAUGCAGAGUAUAUGCCGAUAAAAUUAAAAAUUGGCCUGCGUCACCCAGAUGCUGUAGUGGAAACUAGCUCUUUGUCCAGUGUUACGCCUCCUGACGUUUGGUACAAAACAUCUAUUUCUGAAGAAACUAUUGACCACGGCUGGUUGUCAGCGUUGCAGCUGGAGGCGAUUACAUAUGCUGCCCAGCAACAUGAGACAUUCCUCCCUAAUGGAGACCGUGCUGGCUUCUUGAUCGGUGACGGUGCCGGGGUUGGCAAAGGCCGGACGAUAGCGGGCAUCAUCUAUGAGAACUACCUGCUGAGCAGGAAGCGAGCGCUCUGGUUUAGCGUCUCAAAUGACUUAAAGUAUGAUGCUGAGAGAGAUUUGAGAGAUAUCGGAGCAAAGAACAUCUUGGUGCAUUCACUAAAUAAGUUUAAAUAUGGAAAAAUUUCUUCCAAACAUAAUGGGAGUGUUAAAAAGGGUGUUAUUUUUGCCACCUAUUCUUCCCUUAUUGGUGAAAGCCAGUCUGGUGGUAAAUACAAAACAAGGUUGGAGCAGCUUCUGCAUUGGUGCGGCAGUGACUUCGACGGAGUGAUAGUGUUUGAUGAGUGUCAUAAAGCAAAAAACUUAUGUCCUGUUGGUUCUUCAAAACCCACCAAGACGGGCUUAGCAGUUUUAGAGCUUCAGAACAAAUUGCCAAAAGCCAGAGUUGUUUACGCUAGUGCCACUGGUGCUUCCGAACCACGUAACAUGGCCUACAUGAACCGUCUUGGAAUAUGGGGUGAGGGAACGCCAUUUAGAGAAUUCAGUGAUUUCAUUCAAGCAGUAGAAAGAAGAGGUGUGGGUGCCAUGGAGAUCGUUGCUAUGGACAUGAAGCUUCGAGGGAUGUACAUCGCACGACAGCUGAGCUUCACUGGAGUGACCUUCAAAAUCGAGGAAGUGCUUCUUUCUCAGAGCUAUGUGAAAAUGUAUAACAAAGCAGUCAGACUGUGGGUCAUUGCCAGGGAACGGUUUCAGCAAGCUGCUGAUCUGAUAGAUGCUGAGCAACGAAUGAAGAAGUCCAUGUGGGGUCAGUUCUGGUCUGCGCACCAGAGGUUUUUCAAGUACUUGUGUAUAGCUUCCAAAGUUAAAAGGGUUGUGCAACUAGCCCGGGAAGAAAUCAAGAAUGGAAAAUGUGUGGUCAUUGGUCUGCAGUCCACGGGAGAAGCUAGAACCUUAGAAGCCUUGGAAGAGGGCGGUGGAGAAUUGAAUGAUUUUGUUUCAACUGCCAAAGGAGUUUUGCAGUCCCUCAUAGAAAAGCACUUUCCUGCUCCAGACAGAAAAAAACUUUACAGUUUACUAGGAAUUGAUUUGACUGCUCCAAGUAAUAACAGUUCACCCAGAGAUAGUCCCUGUAAAGAAAGUAAAGUGAAGAAGCGGAAAGGUGAUGAAAUAACCCGGGAAUCCAAAAAGGCACGAAAAGCGGGUGGUCUCGCCGGCAGCAGUUCCGACGACAGUGGUGGCAGUGAAUCUGAUGCCUCUGAGAAUGAAGAGAGCGACUACGAAAGCUCCAAAAACAUGAGCUCCGGAGAUGAUGACGACUUCAAUCCGUUUCGAGAUGAAUCUAGUGAGGAUGAUGAAGAUGAUCCUUGGUUAAUCAGGAAGGAACACAAGAAAAACAAAGAUAAAAAAAGGAAGAAGAGCAUAGAUCCAGAUUCGAUUCAAAGUGCCUUAUUAGCUUCAGGUCUUGGAUCAAAGCGACCUAGCUUUUCGUCUACGCCUGUUGUCUCACCUGCUCCUAACAGCGCCGCAGCUAAUAGUAAUACCAACAGUAGCAACAGCCUUAUAACAAGUCAGGAUGCUGUGGAGCGGGCCCAGCAUAUGAAGAAGGACCUGCUUGACAGGCUGGAAAAAUUGGCGGAAGACCUCCCUCCUAAUACCCUGGAUGAGCUUAUUGAUGAACUUGGUGGCCCAGAGAACGUGGCUGAGAUGACGGGCCGCAAGGGGCGGGUUGUGAGCAAUGAUGACGGAAGCGUGUCUUACGAGUCACGGUCCGAGCUCGAUGUGCCUGUGGAGAUACUGAACAUCACGGAGAAGCAGAGGUUCAUGGAUGGAGAUAAGAACAUUGCGAUCAUCUCGGAGGCUGCCAGCUCAGGCAUCUCAUUACAAGCAGAUCGGAGAGCUAAAAACCAGAGGCGAAGAGUUCACAUGACUUUGGAGUUACCGUGGAGUGCUGACAGAGCCAUUCAGCAGUUUGGAAGAACUCACAGAUCAAACCAAGUUACUGCUCCCGAGUAUGUCUUUCUGAUUUCGGAAUUGGCGGGAGAGCAGAGAUUCGCGUCCAUUGUUGCUAAGAGACUCGAGAGUCUGGGUGCGCUUACCCAUGGGGACAGAAGGGCAACAGAGUCCAGGGACCUGAGCCGGUUCAACUUUGACAACAAGUAUGGAAGAAAUGCGUUGGAAAUUGUCAUGAAGUCCAUUGUUAACUUGGAUUCUCCUAUGGUAUCUCCGCCUCCAGAUUAUCCUGGAGAGUUCUUUAAAGAUGUUCGUCAAGGAUUGAUAGGAGUUGGCCUGAUCAAUGUGGAAGAUCGCUCAGGAAUUCUUACUCUGGAUAAAGAUUAUAACAACAUAGGAAAAUUCUUAAAUAGAAUUUUGGGUAUGGAGGUGCAUCAGCAGAAUGCGUUAUUUCAGUAUUUUGCGGACACACUUACUGCAGUUGUUCAAAAUGCCAAAAAAAAUGGAAGAUAUGACAUGGGAAUCUUAGAUCUUGGAUCUGGAGAUGAAAAAGUGAGGAAAACUGAUGUUAAGAAGUUCCUGACUCCAGGAUACUCAACUUCUGGGCAUGUGGAGUUGUACACGAUCAGCGUAGAAAGGGGAAUGUCUUGGGAGGAAGCCACCAAAAUUUGGGCGGAACUGACAGGACCAGAUGAUGGUUUUUACUUGUCAUUACAAAUAAGAAACAACAAGAAAACUGCAAUCUUAGUCAAAGAAGUGAACCCCAAAAAGAAGCUUUUCCUGGUUUAUCGACCAAAUACUGGGAAACAACUGAAGUUAGAAAUUUAUGCUGAUCUAAAAAAGAAGUAUAAAAAGGUCGUCUCGGAUGAUGCCUUGGUGCACUGGCUGGAUCAGUAUAAUUCAUCUGCAGAUACUUGCACUCAUGCUUAUUGGCGUGGCAAUUGCAAAAAAGCCAGUUUGGGAUUAGUCUGUGAAAUAGGUCUCCGAUGCCGCACUUACUAUGUCUUAUGUGGCUCAGUACUCAGUGUGUGGACGAAAGUGGAGGGUGUUCUGGCAUCUGUCAGUGGAACAAAUGUGAAAAUGCAGAUAGUGCGGCUAAGAACAGAAGAUGGACAACGAAUUGUAGGUUUGAUCAUUCCGGCAAAUUGUGUGUCUCCGCUUGUCAAUCUUCUCUCCACUUCGGAUCAGUCCCAGCAGCUUGCAGUGCAGCAGAAGCAGCUGUGGCAGCAGCAUCACCCACAGAGCAUCGCCAGCCUAAGCAAUGCCUAGAGGACAGAGGGGAUUUGAAAGGCCGACGAAGCAUAUCAUUUGCCUCAAAAUCAGGGACAGUUUCCAAAGAAUUAUAUAUUUUUUCAGUUGUGCUCUCUAGUUAAUUUGGAGGGAAUGAGUACAAACCUGGAAUAGGUAGCAGAAGUGAGGAUCAGCAGUGCCGAUGGGGGUGCGUUUGUCGUUCUUUUGCUUUUCUCCUAGGACUUGCUAUGUACUUCCACUUGGGGGCACAAGGGGAGGUGUGUGUGCGUGUGUGCUUGUGUGUGUGUGUGUGUGAGCCUACAAACCACAACUGGUUUUAAUGCUUAGAACUUGCUAAUGUGGCUUUACGUUUCUCUUGUACAGCGCUCAGGGUUAGCACAGUCCAUCCAUGCCGUGCCGGGGAGCUCUCCCCGGGUGCAUGUGUGUUGGCGUCCGUAAGUACAGAGCAUACAUGUCGGGUCCCUUCCAGCUUACGCCAUAGGUUUACCACAGCAUGAACUGAAAGGUUGCACAUCAUACAUUCAGGUUCUUUCCCAGCUUUUCUGACAGUGCAUGUUUUGAAAGCAUGCGUAAACAAGAUUAACACAGAAGUCGUUAUGGAGAGAAAUGUUUGUGGCUGUACAGCAUUGGUGAUUGCCUUUUUAUAGUAUUUCUAAUUGCGAACGCCUGUAGUCCUGUGAGCCCUGCCCCGAGUUUCCUGUCGGAGUCAUGACCAUGUACCUUUUUUUGUGGUAAUACUCUUAAAAGUUCAUUUUAAUGUAUUAAUAGUAUUCCUAAUGUGUGCUGCAAAAAGAAAAAAAAAUGGCUCUAAGCCUUUUUCCUUAAAGUUACAUUUUCCUUAACUUAAAAGGUAGUUUAGAAGUACAAAUUGGCUUCCAUGUUACAAUCUUUUUUUACUUAAUUCAUUGACUUUGUCAUUCAUCAAGAAAAUCGUACUUGAGUUGUAAACUAGACAAUGAGGAAACACUUGAGGCUCUGCUGGAUGUUCUUUUCUUGUUGUUGGUGGUGUUAUUGUUACCCAGUAACUUGAAUAUUGUUUAAUGUAUUGUAAUACAUUGUAGAGUUUAUCUUAAGCUGUUAAAUUGUAAUGUACAAAUGUGAAUAGAUACUUAUCUAUAAUAGGGUAACUUUUGGUUUACCUAUAAUAGAUGUUUCUAAAAACAAGUGAGGGGAUAGUUGGUCUUUUUUUUUUUUUUUUUUUUUUUUUUUUGGCACAAGUUGCACUAUUGAAAAUUGAGAUUGUAUAAACCUGGUCAAAAGCAGCAAGAUACCCAAAUCUUGUAGCUGUCCAAUAAAAAGCUGUUGUCCUAACGAGCAGUGGACUCUUGUUUAGGUCUCCCCGGAUGCUCACGGUGGUCUGUGACGGGACCCUCAGAGCUUACGUUCCAGGUCACCUAGUGCAGUCUGGCCCAUAGUCCACUCCUAAUACCUGACAGGCGCUGAGAAAGAUGGGGAGUAUUUUCAAAUGAGGCUGUUUCCUUUGUACCUUCUGAACCUUGGUGCCAACUCGGGUGAGAGGAGUGCUGGUGGAUGGAGACCUGUGGACAGCUUUAGCUUUCAUCCUCUGCUUCUUCAAGCCCGAGAUUGGUUCUGUUAAGUUUACCACAACUUUUCCUUAUAGAUUUAUUUAUUCUUGGUGCCUAAAAGGACACAUUGUGAGUAAUUUUUGUUCUUUGGCAUAUUCUGCCCAGUGGAUGCAACUUUUAUCCUCAGUCCAGUCCAUGUAUCUCAGGCAGUGACGAGACAGAUUCACCAGUGCCCCUCGUGUGGGCUGCUAGAUCCGCUGGCCUCUUAUAGCAGGAUGGACCUUCCCUUCCGUCCAGUGGUCCAGGCAGCUGGCCGCAGCUCCGGACGGCACCAAGUAGCACUGAGGAAGCAGGCGUGGAGCAAAAGUGCUUCUGCAGUGAGAUGGAGUGAUAGGGCUGCGGGGAGGCUGACUUGGUCAGCAGGGUCAGGUUCCCCAGGGCGGUGUCCAGGAUUGGCAGGAUUCCUAUUGUGAUGCUGAUGCCUGUCUUGGUGACAUGGCGCGGGCUCCCGAAUCGGCCAUUUUCACCCAGGCACCUGUGUGGUAGGUUUUUAAUACAGGAGUCCGUGAGUCCUUACCUGGAAGUUCUUUCCAGAAGGCAGCCGGGACACGUGGCUGGAAGCUGGGGUGCUGUGUGCACGUGCACGUGUCUACCUUGGUGCCCACCCUCUCUGGACAUCUGCCCUGGGUCAGUGACCAGGAAGUCCCCAGGACCUCAGCGCCACGCCUGAGCGGGAAGCCUUCUCCAGCCCAACAGAAGCCCAUGGGGCCUAUGCAAUGCCUUUUUUCCAUUUAGCAAUACAACUUUGAGCACAAAGAUUGGGUUGGUGUUUUCAGAGUUCACAGUGUUGAUUGUACUGAAAACCACUGCCAGGUCCAGGCCUGCUCCUGCUGUGUCAGGCAUCAGUUCUUCCUCCAGCCCCCUGCGUGCUCAGGAGCCUCUGUCUGCAGUGUAGUGCGAGGAUCUGGUUUCUAAAACCAUCUCUGAGUCACAGUAGGCGUGUUGAACACUUUCCUCUUACUGCUCCUACCUUGCAGGUAUGCUUUCAUGUGUGUGUACUAGCAAGAGCCUGCAUCCAAAGCACUGUAGUAGUGCGAGUAUAUGUAUCUGUAUAUAUUCGUGUAAAUAUAUAUAUAUGUUUAUUUAUUCUAGCACUUCAGAAACUUUUGAGUUGCAACAAUCAACCUUACAGUUUGAGUUGUCUUUCUCAGUAGAGGUGAGGGUUCUAGACUAGUUCCAGGGCAGUGUAGUAUUUCAGAGGCACAAACUAAGCUGUAGCCAUUGGGUGCUCACGUGCCAGAACAGCGUGUAAUGGGUGUGGGCCGGAGGGUUCCAGGGCCACAUGGAGGUUGUGUGAUGGCAGCGUCCUCCCAACCGCUUUUCCUGAUAGUGUGAGGAAGAGCAGCGUUCCCCGAGAGAUGACUGACACAGUAGGGCCACAAGAUCCCUGGAAGGUCCUUUCCCAAAAGAAAUGGAAGAGAAUGAUCCCCCUGGCUGAGCCUGGGUGGCAGAGUCGCUGUGGGCUGGUGUUGAGGAGGUAGGCUUAGGGCAGCCUCUCUGGACAGGCCCUGGCUGGCUGGCACUACCCCCAUGUGCACAAUUGGUUGCUGCUCAGCUGCAGCCAACAUUUUCUUACUCGUUGCCAGUUGUCCAGAUGCCCUGUCUGAAGUGAAAGAGCCAUGUCUGCGUGCCGGCUUGAGCUGUCUGGCAUUGUUUUCUGAGUAGUUGAGGUAGAAUUCCAAAGCCGCUCUCUAAUUGUAUGCUGUACCUACGUGUAUGUAAAUAAACAUGUUGUGUAUAGAGAAAUGCUGAGGUCUUUGUACAUAUUUCUUGUACAUUGGGACCCUGACCUGUGUUUUCGCUUGCUUCUUGCCAGUCCUGUUUCUGCUUUCCUUAACUUCCUAUAUGGGUCAUUUUACUGCUUUUUUUUUAAAUGUUUAUAAAAGUAUGAGAAACUCAUAGUUUGUUCCUGUAUUUUAUAAUUCAGUUUUACAUCUAUACCUUAGAAUUCCUGUCUGCUUUGUGCAAAGAUUUUUCAACAUACCUAAUUGUGUUUUGCAUUUUCCUUAUUGCUUUUCCUGGGUGUGAUGAAUUGGGGCCAGUCCUGGUGCUGCCUGAUGUUUUCACAGAAAUAAAAACAAGACUUUGUGUUGCUAAGCCCCCUCUGACUUGCUCAGUGUGCUUGCAGUCACACCUAGCUAUGCGCCACUGCGCUCGCCUGACAGGAAGACCUUGCGCACAGCUGCCUGGUGCUGCGUGCAAAGGUCGGGCCCACACUGCAACCCACAGGUCCUAAACAGCCGUCUGCUUCUGCUGACGGCCAACUCAAGGUGACGUAAGAGUCCCUGAGGUAAGGGCUGUGCCUGCUGCCCUUACAGUCCAAGGUGGGCACUUAGCACAGCGCUGGCCACAUGUACUCUGCCCCCAUGCUGUCUGGGCUGUGUUGUGGCUCUGUGUUGCCAGGAUCAGCCAGAGCCCUGGGAGCUGGCCUGGGUGAAGGCUUGCCGCCAUCCUGCCGAGAACGGGCAGCAUGGUGGCCGGGGCUGGCUCACAGAGGUGGUGGGGACGUGCCCGAGGAGCAGACACUGAGGUUUUACUACAGGUUUUGCACCUUUGAGAAAAUGUUCCUUAUAACUUUGACAAACGAUGCUGUGAGCUUGAACUCUGGUGUGUCCUUCCCGGUGAGUUGGACGGGGCCUAAGCAGUAUGCAGCUGGGUGUGUCUGCCGUGCAUCUGGGCCACGCUGGCACCUCGGCGGGAUCCCUGGCCGUGUGGCAAGGCAGAGUUCAGCUGAGAUGGCCCUGGUAGCAGAAGCCAGCGAGAGGGAAUGGAAACCUGAGGAAGGUGACCCUCGUGGAUCCUCGUGGUUGAAGUCUCCCCAGGUAGAGACGGUGCGCAGGCCCCUUGAGGCAGCUCGCCUGGCUGCAGCAUGGCUGUCUUUCCACCUGGCCUUCUUGCCAUGGCAGAGCGUGUGGCUCAGAGGGAGAGCCCUCUCCCACGCAGCACAACGCCACUCACUGCAGGCUCGGCACCUCCUGUUUAUACUGCAUUAGUACACUACUGAGAUGGU